AUGAGUGAAAAAGAAGAUUAUCAGAAUCAUAACCAAUUUUUAGGGUAUGGUUUCAACUUUAGUUUGGGUCAUCUUGUUACUGGAUUGAUAAAUGCAGUGCAUAUUUUGAUGAGUGACACCUCAUCCUCCACUUCCCUCCACUCUCCUCCCCCAUCUACAACCGUGUCCCCUAUAAAUUGCAAGAGCUUCCCUUUCUGCACUUUAUUAGCAGCAAUAGUUGUCAGUUAUCACUCUGUUGCUUUGUGUGUGUGGAGCAAACAGGCUGCAGGAAUCCCAAAGAAAUAUGCACCAACCAUUGGCAUUGCAGUUGAUCAUCGCCGUAGGAACAGUUCCUUGGAGGGUUUCCAAACUAAUGUUCAGAGGCUGAAGACAUACAAAGCCAAAUUAGUUGUCUUCCCAAGACGCACUCGAAAAUUCAAGGCGGGUGAUUCUGCUCCCGAGGAGUUGGCAACUGCCACACAAGUACAAGGUCCUUACUUGCCAAUAGUUCGUGAGAAGCCAACUGUUGAGCUUGUGAAGGUUACAGACGAAAUGAAGUCGUUCAAGGCAUAUGACAAGCUCCGUAUUGAGCGAACAAAUAAGCGCCAUGUUGGUGUCAGGGCCAAGAGGGCUGCUGAGGCUGAGAAGGAAGAGAAGAAAUAGCGAGUUUUAGUGACAGUGGAUAUCUGAAUCAACUCUGCUUUUUGAAAUUGGAAUUAUUUACUUUAUUCUGUUUGAAUCGGUAAUUCUAGCUAUUAUAUUGCCAGUUGAAUGUAUGAAUUUUAAAAUUUUGUCGUGUCAUCAUUUCACGUGGAUUUGCAUUUUCCUCUAGUCCUGUUUCUAUUUUUUAUCCUUUUAAUCAAGACGAUGGAA